CUACAGAUCCUGGUAGGGGAGCUGCUGGCGUUCUUUCUGAAGGCUGAGGGGACGCAAGAGAAGACCAUAGUGACAGCAGACUGCUGCUACUUCAACCCCCUGCUGCGACGCAUCGUCCGCUUCCUAGGGGUGUUCUCCUUCGGCCUGUUCACCACCACCAUCUUUGCCAACGCGGGUCAGGUGGUGACAGGAAACCAGACGCCUCACUUCCUGUCUGCCUGCCGGCCUAACUACACGGCCCUGGGGUGCACAUCCAACAUGCAGUACAUCACCCAGCCCCGUGCCUGCACUGGAAACCCCCUGGUAGUGGCAUCCGCACGCAAAUCCUUCCCUUCCAAGGACGCAGCCCUCAGUGUCUACUCUGCAGUCUACACUGUGAUGUAUGUGACGCUGGUAUUCCGGACCAAAGGCACUCGGCUGACCAAGCCUACGGUCAGCCUGACCCUGCUAUGCCUGGCCAUGCUGGUGGGAGUGGUCAAGGUGGCAGAGUACCGCAACCACUGGGCUGACGUCCUGGCCGGCUUCUUCACUGGAGGAGCCAUCGCUGUGUUUCUGGUGACGUGUGUGAUCAACAACUUCCAGCAGACGAGGCCCCCUCCCCUUCCCCCGCGACCCCAGCGCCCUGAGUCGGUGCUAGGCAUGCCCAUGGUGGCUCUGCCCUGUGUGGAGAGUCCACUCGAAAAACUCCGAGGGGGUCUCCUUUCACAGAGAUCACAUGACCAUCAGCCGUAUCGGUUCCCCGCCACCCCAGAUGUCCUCAUUCCGUCUCGCUCCAUUUCCAGCGAAGUCUAGACCAGCCACACGAACGUGAACACUCACACGAACACCACUGCGCCGCCCACCCGGCAGGCCGCUACUCCACCCUCUACAGAUCCUACUCCACGCAGGUCUAGGCUUUCAAAACACACGCACACAAGCACAACACACACAGCAUACUCGGACCUCUACGCACCUCCCCCUAACCUUGUCCAAGCCCAAACCCCCGGGGGAACCCGAAAGGUGAGCUCAUAAAGUGAGACUCACAAAGACUUAACAGCUGUCCAGCUGAACAUUCAGUACAGUGUCAGGUACAGUUAUGCCUCUUUCGUUUAGUUGUUUUCAGAGGUUUCUUGUUUUGUUUUGCAGACUUGUUUUUUUUUAUGUGCUCCAUUGUGUGAAGUACACACUUCACUGACAUCACAGGGUGAGGUUUCAUCUUCUACGUGCUUGUA